ACUUUUUUUACGCUUCAAGAAGAGAAAGUGAGGAGAUUUUUAAAUCUACUUGGUAAAAGAAGUACGUGACUUUAUCAAUCUAGUGAGAUGAACGACAACGCGACCGUGUGGAUCGCUGAAAAUCGCGGGAAACGCAUUCACCGCUUCAUGGACCUCUGCGAGGUUCGUUUGCAAUUCAUUAUUAUCACAAUAAUUGGGACAAGGUAGAGGACCGAAAUUAGGAUUACAUGGUGGUUCCAGCAGUGCAGAAGCUAAGGACCAUACUCCGGACGAGAACCCAGCGGUGGUGAAGAUUGUUUUCAACGCGUGAGUCUCUACCACUGGCUUUCCAUGACUCGCGUGGGUAAGCGUCGUUGAGGAAUCCGAUGCACUUCCACGUUUUGUGACACUCAGCUUGUAGCAAUUCGAAAAUGUCACAUUGAUGAUACAGUUAUGAAUAGCAUGAGCCAAGUGGAGGCCAUCAAGGCUCCUGCAGCCGAGUCCGGUGAGACUGUUGGAGUUUCGAACGAAGAUGCAUGUAACGACCAAGAGGGCUUAUACGAUAAUGACAAUGGCACCCCGUCUACCAGGAGCCGUUACGGUAGAAUAAUUAGACCUAAAUCUUCCAUGAAUGAUGCUGCCAAUUCAUUACAGAAUUUGAAGAUUUCAAAGACACGUAAACAACAUAGUUCUAUGAAUAAUAGUAAUAAUAGUGAAAAUAUAGAUGAAAUUAAUACAACUAACAUCAUAGAUGAAGCCAAUAGCUCUUCUAUCAUUUCAAGUAACACAGAGGAGGACCCAUCUUCAAAAGUAAUAAGUCCUACUAUUGAAUGUAAAUGGGUAGUAGGACAAUUAGCAUGGGCCAAAGUUGGCAGUUUCCCAUAUUGGCCUUGUGUUGUAACACUCGAUCCACUUACAUUAAUAUAUCACAAAUUGAGAGUUACAUCCAGGGCAAAUAUUUUAAUGAUACAUGUUCAAUACUUUGGAGACAAAGGACGACAUAGUUGGGUUUCGGCAAAUAGUAUGAUGCAAUUCACAAAUCUUGAUGACUUUAUAAAGCUAUCGGAAUCAUUGACUGCGGAAACAAAGAAGAAGGAUGCAAGAGCUGCCGCUUUUAUUGUGAAACCGGGAAUGAAAUCAAAAUGGGAAAACGCCGUCGAUGAAGCUAUGAAAGUGCAACCAAUGACAAUUGAAGACAGAGCCGAAACUUUUGCGCCAAAAAUUAAACGUUCCAAAGAUGCAAAGUCAUCUACCGAAAAGAAAAAUAAUAAGAGAAAAUAUUCAACUGAUCAGGAUGGACCUGAUGCUAAGCGCGCUAAACAGGAUAAUGUAAAUAAUACAGAAAAAUUGGAAGUAUCAAAAUUGAAUAAAUCAGAGAUAGCAAAAUCGAAAAAUUCGCGAAGCGUAAAUGGUAAAAUCGAUUUGAAAUUGAAUUUGGACUCUUUACCCUCGUCUCCUUCGAGCCAUAAAAGUUCUCACGACAAUACCAACACAAAAGUCGACAAGAGUGAGGAGGACGAAACUGGCGUAUUUGAAGUUUAUUACGAACGAAAUAGAGAUUUACUAGAGGACGAAUAUCCAAACGCGUCGGAAAACGAUAUUAAAAAAUAUUUGCGUAAAACUUGGGAUGGUAUGGACACAACUUUUCGAAAAAAGUACCGAUCAUAUAUGACUCGUGAGAGUUCGCGUUCGAAAGAAAGUUCACCGGAUAACGAAGACCUCGAGACAUCAGCCGAGAUUGACACAAGUACGAAAGAAAGUAGAAAGAAAAGUAAGAUUGACAAAGAAGAGAGUUCCGUUUCAGAAAGUUCUAAACGUGGUAAACCACACAAUCUCUUUAGAGGUAUGAAACAAGAGAAAGUUUGUCAGAUUUGCGAGAAAACGGGCAAAUUAACGAGAUGUAAAGGACCUUGUUAUUCUUAUUUUCAUUUGUCCUGUGUGAAACCUGGCGAAUCUAGUCCAGAGCACUCUGUUGACGAGAACAUAUCGGACGAUAGAAUACUUGACGAUUUAGAUAUAAUUAGGAAAAGUAUUAAUAGCGAAUCUGAAAAUAAUGGUAAAAACGAAGAGCAAGAAGAUGAAAUGUUUAAAUGUAUCGAUUGCCUAUCUGGAGUAGCACCCGCUUGUUUCAUAUGCAAUGAAAGAGAAGGAGACAGAAUAAGGUGCAUUGUACCAGUCUGUGGGAAGCAUUAUCAUUCUAAGUGUUUAAACUCAUGGCCUCAGUCGCAUUGGAAUGGUGCACGUUUGACAUGUCCGUACCAUGUGUGUCACACAUGCAGUUCCGAUAAUCCUCAGGAUAAUCAUUCGCGUGCACCGACCGAGAAAAUGGCGAGAUGCGUACGUUGCCCUUCAUCUUAUCACACUUCUGCAUUGUGUCUACCUGCUGGUUCAACAAUUCUCACAGGUAGUCAAAUUGUAUGCCCGAAGCAUUAUCUCUCAAAACAUCCUCCGUUGAAUGCGGCAUGGUGCUUUCUGUGUACGCGUGGCGGAAGUCUCAUUUGUUGCGACACGUGUCCGACUUCCUUUCAUGUGGAAUGUCUUGGUAUAGAUGCACCUGACGGUGGAUUUAUUUGUGAAGAUUGUGAGACUGGGAGACUGCCUUUGUAUGGAGAAGUUGUGUGGGUGAAACUCGGUAAUUAUCGAUGGUGGCCGUCGCGUAUAUGCUACCCGCAGGAAAUUCCUGAAAAUGUAGAGACUAGAGCUCACAGUCCUGGUAAAUUUUGCGUAAUGUUUUUGGGGUCUAAUGAUUAUUAUUGGGUGCAUAGAGGUCGAGUCUUUUUAUAUCAAGAUGGUGACGCAAAUAUAAAACCAUCUAUGAAUAAAAAGACCGUAAUGGAUGAUGCAUAUCGAAAAGCUCUAGAAGAAGCUAAUAAAGUACAUCAACAAUUAAAAACAGAGCGGUCCACGACUAAGGAACAAUCGAAAGCAUUGAAACCACCUUUAUAUGUAAAAUUAAAAGUCAAUAAACCAGUGGGUAACGUCAAGCCGACCGAAGUCGAGAGCAUCGUGGCGUGUGAGUGCGAUUCCGAUUGGGAUAAUCCUUGUGCACCGGGUACAGAUUGUUUGAAUCGCAUACUGUUGGUGGAAUGCAGUCCUGGAAUCUGCCCAGCUGGAACCAAAUGCAUGAAUCAAUCGUUCGUGCUACGACAGUAUCCGGUAAUGGAGCCGUUCCACACCACAGGCCGCGGAUGGGGUCUGAAAGCUUUAGAGGAUAUCAAAGCAGGACAGUUUGUCAUCGAAUACGUGGGAGAAGUUAUAGAUGAGGCCGAGUAUAAGCGUAGAUUGAAUCUAAAAAAAGAACUGAAGAAUGAUGAUUUUUACUUCUUAACGAUCGACAAUAAUCGAAUAAUCGAUGCGGAACCGAAGGGAAAUCUCAGCCGAUUUAUGAAUCAUUCGUGUGCGCCAAACUGCGAAACGCAAAAGUGGACGGUGAACGGAGACACGCGUAUCGGACUAUUUGCUUUGCGUGACAUAGAAUCCGGUGAAGAACUGACGUUCAAUUACAAUUUAGCAUCUGACGGGGAAACGCGGAAGGUCUGUCUUUGCGGUGCACCGAAUUGUAGCGGCUUCAUCGGUUUGAAGGCGCAAACGCAAAAACAACAGUUGCAAUCGAAGAAAAUGAAUAAAUCGAAACGAUAUAGAAGACCAAGAAAGUUUAUGUGUUGGCGAUGCGGGCAAGAAAUAUCAGAUCGGAACAAUUCCAUAGUCUGCUCGCAAAGAACUUGCAACAAAAAGUAUCACACAACGUGCGUUGAAGUCGAUGACGCGGAAUCGAAAUUCAGUUGCCCUUGGCAUCAUUGCUUAGAAUGCGGACGUCGAACAUCAGCGCACUGUUCCUUCUGCAGCACUGCCUUCUGUCAAGUUCAUUUGGGUGGUAAUUUAUUCGAACGAGACAGCGAGAAGGGUGGCGUCGUAUGUAAGUUACACGAAAACGCGGAUGUACAGAAGCCUAUCGAAGACGAGAAAGAAUAUUCAGAUAAUGAUAACGAGACAGAUAAAGAGUACUUAUCGACGAGUUCCGAUAGUCCGAUUGUAAUGGAAAAAAUUACGACGCGUGAACCAUCACCAAGAGUUUCUAUCGUAGAGGUUCAGCUAAGCAGUGAAGAGAGCGAAGAAUCUCAAAAAGAAGAAGAAGAAAGCUAUCUCAAGACUAAUUUUAUGUCAUGUGAUAAAAGUUCAAGGAUAAUGAAGAAAAAUACAUUUGAUAAAUUGCAACGGGAAGAAAGUCAAGUGAAGGAGUUAAAUAAUCUUACAUCUAGUCAGUUGGAAGCCAUAAUUGGCGCUAGCUUGUGUGAAUAAAAAUCUUCUCAUUCUAUAA